GACACACAAUGGCAGCCAGUGGCACAGCUGUAACGGUUCUUGCUCCUAAUGGGAGAAGACAAACAGUUAAAGUGUCUCCAAACACGCCGUUAUUACAGGUGCUGGAGGACGUCUGCAAAAAGCAGGGAUUUAACCCGGACGACCACGGUUUGAAGUUUCAGAGGACUGUUGUUGACCUCACGGUUCCAUGGAGGUUUGCCAACCUGCCCAACAAUGCUAAACUGGAAGUGGUGAAAAGUACAAGGAAACAGGCUGCAGCUGACAGCCAGGUGCGAAUUGCACUUCAGAUCGAGGACGGCUCUCGGCUCCAGGGCUCCUUCUCUAGUGGACGUAGUCUGUGGGACCUGCUCACACAUUUCCCUCAGAUCAGUGCGUCCGAGCUGUCCGAGUCAGGAUCCACUCCGGUGUGUGUUUACAUGAGAGACGAGGUGAGUGGGGAAGAAGCACUAAAGAAGGCCACUCUGAAGUCUCUGGGUCUCACAGGAGGAAGUGCCAUUGUGAGGUUUUUAAUCAAAAAGAACAAAACUCCUGGAGGGGAAGAUGACGGAGAAGCCACUGAAACAACUGCUGUGCCAACUACUCAUGUUGCCAAGGAAACCACACCUAGCUCGUCAUCUCAGCACGAUCCUGCUCCAUCCCAUCCAGAGACCUCAAGAACAGACGUGCCAGUUAAAAAUUCAACUUCAGAUAGGCCAAUGGAAACCCUACCUGCGCCAGCUCCUGUCUCUGCCACCAGCACACUUCCUGUUCAGCAGGAAGACGUUCUGAAACCCCAGGAAGCGGUUCGACCAAAAGUCCCCCCUGUUGAGAGGGGAGCACCAGAGGAAGAUGGAGAAAAAGCAGGGCCAUCAGGACUAAGUUCUCAUCCAUCUUCCUCCUCCUCCUCCUCCUCCUCCUCCACUCCCUCAGCUCCAUUCAUUCCCUUCUCUGGAGGUGGUCAGCGCCUCGGAGGCCCAGAGGGAGGGGCAGUUGGACGCUCACUGUCUUCGUCCUCAUCUCUGUCAGCCCUGACGGCUACAGUAGAAUCACCCAAAGCCAAGAAAGCCAAAUCCAGCUAUGGUGAUAGCACCCAGCGUCAGGCCACCUCCGACCAGCCUGAUGAGGACAUGGAUCAUGGGGAGGAGUUUUUGGAGCCAGUGGAGAGGGAGCCUCUCAUCUACCACCUGGACUCCAUGUCCCGUCAGUCUGAGGACCAGGAGGAUCUGCCCGACGAGUUCUUUGAAAUGACGGUGGAUGAUGUGCGGAAGCGUUUCGCCCAGCUGAGGAGCGAGAGGAAGUUAUUGGAGGAGGCUCCGCUGAUGACUGAAUCUAUGAGAGAAGCCCAGAUGAAGGAGAAGCUGGACAGAUAUCCCAAAGUGGUCCUGAGGGUCCAGUUUCCAGACAGACAUGUUCUACAAGGCUUCUUCAGGCCCCUGGAGACAGUUGGUGCCGUGAGGCACUUUGUGAGGAGUCACUUGGAGGAUCCUCAGCUCAGUUUCUACCUGUUCAUCACGCCUCCAAAAACCAUUCUGAGCAACCCUUCAGCGACACUUUUCCAGGCCGACCUGUUCCCUGGUGCGCUGGUGUACUUCGGCUCUGACGUUAAGACAGAUUUUUACAUAAAGAGGGAACUCCUUGAAUCCUCUGUCUCGGCCUUGCAAGCAAAUGAGUCUGUUGCAAGCUGCAUGCUCCAUUCCCCGACAUGCUCCUCCAGCUCUGUGGGCUCGGACGAGCCGCUGCCUCCUCCAGAGCAGACAGCGGACACCAGCAGGUCCACACAGGACGAGCGAGACCCGUCUGCACGCACCCAGGCUGCUAAACCUACCAGAUCUGACCCGGGCAAGGUGCCUAAGUGGCUCAAGCUUCCAGAAGAAAGAACAGAAGGCUUUGAACCACACGAUUCUUGUCAUGGUAAGAAAUAAGAACUGCGAGGACUGACCGCAAGAGACGUCUGACAAACUCUGCCUUGCAGACUGAGUAGAGCACUUAAAUAUUUUCUGCGCUUUGAAAAAGGCUCAGCAUUGUGACCGCAGUGGACUGAAUCCAUCGUGUAGGAUGCCGGCACUCAACCAGGUUUUCAAACCGUCAAAGUAAUGAGCUGAACGACUGGAUAAAUAGUGAAUCUUUUAUUGCCAUGAAGAUUGAUGUGUUUCAUUCCGGUGGGUCUCUGGGGGAAAAAAGUAGAGAGGAGGGAGUGCUUAAGUGGCUGCUUUUAAUCAGCACAUGAAAAUGUAUCAGAAAUUGAAUAAAGAUUGUUGUACUAAAA